GACAAUUUAAUUUGGCGGACAAUUUUUCAAUCAAAACAUUAAAAUUCAACUUUUCACAAAAAUGUCCUUUUUAGACGAAGCAAUUUACGAACGAGAUCAAUCUUUGGAAAGAGAAGUUGUCGAUGGCGAUUCUGACAAUGAAAAGAAUCCAUAUGAUGUUGUUGGAGACGAUAGCGACGAUGAAAACAAGAAGCCCGGAGAAGUUGUUGAGAAAGUUGAACCUAAAAAGACUAAAAGACGUGUUAGUACUCAACCACGUUUGAAUCCUGAAAAGCUAACAGGUCCUCGAGGCAUUCAUAAGAUCGAAGAUGAGUUCAAAGAUGUCAAGUUCAAAGGAAAAGGUUACGAGAAACAGGAUUUGGAUAUGAUAAUGAAACGUUUAGCACAUUGGUCUCAUCGAUUAUUCCCAAAAUACAACUUUGACGAUUGUUUAAUGGCAAUCGAGACACAAGGCAAGAAGAAACCUGUUCAACAUUUCAUGAACAAAUACCGCAAUAAUGCUCUCGAUGACGAUAUUAUUCGAAAUGUCAUUGAUUCAGACGAUGAAAAUUCUCAAGAAGAAAUGAAUCGUACAGUUGCUCCCAUGGAACCGGAUGAAUUUGAUCAAAUGUUGAGUGAACAAAUUAGUCGAACAACGCACAAUUUCAAUCAAACAAUGGACUCAGAUUUGGGAGUGAGAGAACUCGAUAUGACAGUUGCUUCAACAGAUAUUUCGUCGCAUAGUCGUAUGCAACCACAAGCGAGCAGUACAUUAACCGAAAGUCGUAUUCAACAAAAAACUGCAAGUACUUUAACAGAAGAACAGAAAAAGCGGAUGGAAGAAAAUAGAUUGCGCGCUCUUGAGAUACGAAGAAAACGCAUGUUGGAACAAGAAGCCAAAAAAUCGCAUGAAACAUCAAUAUCUUCUGAAACAAGUCACGCAACACAAAAUUUCGCCAAUCAAGAUAUCGAUAUGAAUGACUUGAUGCCUCUUCAAGACUCCGAACCCCUUGAAGAAUGAGGAAUUACUGUAUUAUGUAAGAAACGCUAAAUAAAAUUGUUAUCUCUUAUCACAAGU